GAUCUGUGUGACUCACGACGCUCCCAAACACCCUAAAUUCGCGAGUUGUUUGUGCAACAAGGAUAUAACAAUACGAGGACUUGGAUUUCAUCUACGUGUGUACGACUAGAGAAUGUCAAGUUUCUACUUACAACUCACUGACACUCACUGACACUCACGGAAGCCUUCAAGCCCUUUGAAUUGAAUCCAAAAAACAAAUCACAAACUUUUUACCCCUGAAAGUUUAUAUACUUUGUUAUCUUAAAUAAUUUAUUUAAAAAUGAAAUGGAUAGAUUGACGAGUACAUAAGGUAUUGUUGUAUUGAGUUAAUCUGUUAUAAUUAUUAUAUUGAACUUCUCCGUCAUCAAUCGUUAUCUAUUGAUUUUAUUUCUACAUUGUCACUAAUUUCCACCCCAAACGGGGUGGGCUCGAUUCACUGAAAGUCCACGUCGUAUGCUCAUCUCUAAGUGAUCAUCUCUAAGUACUAUCUGUGAAUUGAAUUGUUACAACACCCCUUGCUCUGCUUAUAAUGCCUUCUCUUUUCCCUAGCCUCUCUUCACUUUUGGAGGCACAUAUCUCUGACUUCUUCUCUUCAUUGUUUCGAUCACAUUAAUCUUACAGGCAAUUACUUCUAAACUUAUUUACCCCCCCCCCCUUUUCGCUUUUUAAAAGUUAGGUUUCCUUAAGCCUCUAUUUCUUUAAGCCUCUAUUUCCUUAAGCCUCUAUUUCCUUAAGCCUCUAUUUCCUUAAGCCUCUAUUUCCUUAAGCCUCCAUUUCCUUAAGCCUCUAUUUCCUUAAGCCUCUAUUUCCUUAAGCCUCUAUUUCCUUAAGCCUCUAUUUCCUUAAGCCUCUAUUUCCUUAAGCCUCUAUUUCCUUAAGCCUCUAUUUCCUUAAGCCUCUAUUUCCUUAAGCCUCUAUUUCCUUAAGCCUCUAUUUCCUUAAGCCUCUAUUUCCUUAAGCCUCUAUUUCCUUAAGCCUCUAUUUCCUUAAGCCUCUAUUUCCUUAAGCCUCUAUUUCCAUUCCUUUUUGGGGGUUAUUUUUUGUUUUUUGUUUUUACAGGCACUGAUCUAGUAACCCCCCAUAAGAAAGUACUAGCAUAGAAACCCCCAAUUUACAAGUACUAGCAUAGAAACCCCCAAUUUACAAGUACUAUCAUAGUAACCACCAAGUUACAAUAACUAGUAUACAACCACCCAUAAAAAAGUACUAGCAUAGAAACCACCAAUUUACAAGUACCAGGAAUGUAACUAGCAAUUUACUAGCAUAGUAACCUUACAUUUAAAAGUACUACCCCAGUAAGGGUCCAUUUACAAGUACUAGGCUAGAAACCACACAUUAUUAGUACUAGCAUAGUAAGAACACAUUUACAAGUUAUAGCAUACUUUAAAACUUGUCUUUCAACUUGAGACCACUCGAGAUACGGUGUCUGGCUAAACUGUCACGGAUGUUAAAAUAAUAAUAAUAAUAAUAAAAUAAUAAACUAAGCGUCUUUCACUUUUAAAAUCUCUCCCCCCCCCCCCCAUUGUUUUUGCUAGUUUUCAUUGCCCGUAUCAACUCAUUUACUUAAACAUUGUAAUUUCAGAUGUUGGACUGAAUGGACAAGAGAGACACCGGAUUAAAACGACUAAUAAAUUUAAUGUGCACACCAAUGUUUCCUGAACAGUUCACCGAAUAACUUUUAGAGACAUUUUAGUGCUAGUGAUGAGAAAACGUAGUCACACUAUACAACACUUUUUUUCGUUAAGAGUUUGAAACAGUCCGCCAACAUGGAUGUUUCGGAGAGUACUGUUGACCCCAGCAGAGUUCAUACACAGAUUGACAACAAACCCGCGGACGAAGACAUCUUGAACGCCAGUGAGAGACAAGUUUACGAAGUCGUCAACUACGUCAUCCUGGGAACGAUCAUCGGACUCUUCGGCAUCGUCUCCAACAUCAUCAACAUCAUCAUUUUUUACCGGCAGGGUUUCAACAACACGGUCAACAUCAGCCUCUUCGGACUCGCCAUUUCCGACCUUUGCAGCCUGCUGACGCUUCAGUGGUUCAACAUCUGCGUCAACCCGUUGUUCGAGAACGCCGACGACGCCUUCCCGCUGGUGGCGUCGGAGGUCAUCUACCUGACGGCCGGCAUCCCGCACGACUGUUUCGCCCGCAUCACGUGCUGGAUCACCGUGUACAUCACUGGCGAGCGGUGCCUGUGCAUCACCCUCCCGCUCAAGAUCAAACAGAUCAUCACGCCGAGGAGAACCACCGUUAUCCUCGUCGCCAUCUACGUCCUCAUGAUGGCGUCCUUCACCCCCGAGUACGUCACCGCUUACAUCGACUGGAAGUUCUACCCGGACAAGAACAGGACGCUCCUCGGGCUCGUCUUCACCAAGGAACGAAAGAGCGUCGAGGGCUUGACCUUCCUGAUGUACGGCAUCCUCGGGAAGCUAUCUUUUCUGGCCGUCAUCUUGUUCACGGUCAUCCUGGUUCUGAGCCUGCGUCGCAAAACAAAAUGGCGGAAGAAAUCCAUUUUCGGAAACCGCCAGUCGGAAAAGAUUUCAAACAGGGACAAGAAAACCAUAAACAUGAUCAUCUUGAUCGCGCUAAUCUUGAUCGUCUGCUACACGCCGGGGAUCAUCUUAUCGAUGGUGACGGUGUUCGAGCCAGAGUUUAGCAUCAUCGGAAAGUACGUGAAUCUGUUUUUCGCCAUCUGGUCUUUCGGUUUCCUGUUUGAGACCAUCAAUUCCAGUGUAAAUAUUUUUUUGUUCUACAAAAUGAGUUCUAAAUACAGACGCUCUUUCAACGAAAUGUUCUCACGUUGUAUCAAGGUGAAGCCCACGGGAAGCGAGGACAUUUCAAACACAAACGCGAGCUUGAAGAUCAUCAAUGAAUCCAACAGCAACUCCACCGGGUUGAUGAAAAUGUCGGAAACGUUCCUCAUACCUACAGUGUGAGAGCCCGUGGGCAAUUUUACCCAUGCUGUUUUAGAAUUAUGUAUUGAGAAUGACUUAUAAAUAGAUUUCAUUGAGCGUUGAUACCAAUAAGCAAAAAGUCUUCGUACAUGACGUCAUUGACCCACUUUCCUAAUAAUAGAUUUCAAUUAGGAAAUGGUAAACCAAUCGUGCAAUGAUAACCGAAGAAUUGAAUAGAUGUAUUGAGUUACAUCACGAGCUAUAUGCACAGUCACAUCACGAGCUAUAAACACAGUCACAUCAUGAGCUAUAUGCACUGUCAAAUUAUGAGCUAUAAACACAGUCACAUCAUGAGCUAUAUGCACUGUCCUAACUGAAGUUCGCCACAGUGCAGUUUGGGAACAAACAAAUUGAAUAAAUAAAUAAAUACCAGCCUAAUUUGAGUUUUCUCUGAGAACAGUCAUGUGCUAGAGAUUUCAGUGACAAUGUAGCAGUGAUUAAAUGUGCUCUAUUAUUUAGUGACAUUGUAUCGGGACCGCAACUUGCACAGAACCAUCUUAACGAAAGAUGGAACAGAGUUCACCGAGCUCCUACAAAUAAGGAUUCAUUUAUAGAAGUGAUUAAAUAGACAAUCCCUAAGAACAAGACUGGAACGAACUGCAGUUUGGUUUAAAGUACGUAGAGGGCAUUCUCUUAAAAAAAGUUCCAAUAUGUUAUUUUGCCUUUGUAUAAGAAUGAGGUUAAUCCGUGAUUUUAAAAAAUACGCUAAACUUUCAAUGAUUCAUAGGGCUUGCAACCAC